AUGAAAUCAAUCAAUAUUUUGCUUUUUAUUUUUGGAGUUGUCAACUGGUGAGUGGAAUAUAAGUUCCGAGCUACUAACAAUGCGUCAGUAAUAAAGAUAAGAGCUAAUAGAAAUGCGUCAGCAAAACUUGGAGCUACAAUUAACGUGUCAUCAGAGUUUAGAGCUACUAGAAAUGCGUCAGCAAAACUUGGAGCUAUAAUUAACGUAUCAGCAACAUUCAGAGCUACUAAAAAUGCGUCAGUCAACUUCUCUAAGCUACUAAAAAUCCGCCUAAAAUUUCCAGCAAUUUCCUAGAUGUCAACGACGCUGAAAACCGUCUAUGUGAUCGUUUAAACGGUCAAUGUAUCGUCAAAAAAGAUCCGAUUUAUGCUCCAGAUGAUGCAGUUUCUGAAACCGCCAUGGAUGAAGCAAGAUGCAUGGAAUACGCAAACGCAUGUCUCAGAUUUCGAUCAUGUUUCACAACUUGUCGACUCGGUUAUCCACUCGAAUCCUAUCAGGAUACUGUGAAGAAGGGUCGACCACUUGUGAAUCCAUGUGUCAAAAUAUUAGAAGUUUGUAGUCGAACUAUCAAAAAUGCUGAACCUCAUUCGGAAAAUCCUUUUAUUUUUGUAUGA